ACCAAGCACAGAGAGAUACCUGGAGUCCAACUGAUGAAGUCUUUACUGCGCAUGCCUCUCUGCUACAAAGCUGACCAAGGCAUACAGCAACUGGGAUUUACUUUACAGGGACAGACAUCUCUGUAACUCACCUGAACAGCAUACACAGAAACACACACUAUAUGUAAAUUAUUUUUUUAGCCACUCACCUCCUCUGACAGUUUUUUAAAGAUUAGUGUAAGCUCACAGGCAGAAGUCCUGCUGAUUUGCCUCGUGGACAGUCAGUAGUUGGUGAGCCAGCGAUGUCGUGGGACUGUGGCCUGAGGUACGUGUUCUCCGUGUCCCCUGUGCUGCAGCAGGGGAGCAUGUGCAUCCUACAUGAGAAGGACAACCUGUCCAGACUGGAGAUGGUCCAGAGAUUGGCCAAGGAUGGCUGCCGCUUCCUGCAGAACCACAGCAAGGGUCCAGAGAGGACAAGUGGGCCCCAGAGUGACGAGGCAGUCCGUGUGUGUCUGAGGGAGAGGGGCCACGAUGUGCUGGUUCUCCAGAGACUGUCGUCAGAGAAGCCAGCCCCCUCGGCAUCUGCGAGGGGAGGAGGGAGAGAGGAGACGAGGAAUAGGAGGUACAUGGUGGUGUCAGGGACCCCGGAAAAGAUCCUGGAGCACUUGCUGAAUGAUCUGACACUGGACGAAGACCAGGGGGAAACACAGGGCAAAGAGUCAGAUACGCUUCUGGAUGACUUUCUGCUGACCUACCCCGUGUUCAUGUCGACCAGUGAUUUAUGUCAAGCACUGCUGGGACAUUAUUGCACCAAGCGAUACAGAGGGAAAGAAGACAGGAAGGAGGCUCUGGAGAGGAAACAAAAAGUCCUACACCUGGUGUCACAGUGGAUGGCCCUAUGCAAAGAUUUCCUGAGGGAAGACGAGCAUGUCAAAGUGUUAAUGAAGAGCUUGUAUCGUUAUGUGUUGGAUGAUCUUUAUGAGCACCCAGCCCUGGAGAAGGAUGUGAGGGAACUGCAGAAGCUGUACCAGCUGCAUCGCAGACAUACGGUGGAUGAAUAUUCCCCUCAAAGAAAGAGCAAAGCACUUUUCCACCAAUUGAGCCUGAAAGAGAAUGGGCUCCAGUCCAGAGGCACACAGAGGGAGACAAAGGAAGUGCUGUGUCAUGUGUAUAUCACCAUGGACUCGUAUCUAAGUAUGAGGGCCCAUCCUCAGGUAGUGGCCCAGGAGCUGCUGCAGGUAGUGGCAGAAAGGAUGGAUGUCCCACUGGGGGAACUGGUACUGGUGGCUGUCACUUACCCUGGAGGAAGGCUCCUUCUGCAGCCUCAGGACAGAGUCUUCUCCGAUCCUUUACGGCCAUUGGGGAGGCUGCAUGUCUGCAGGAAGGAUCUGGGUGAAGUCCUGAACCCAUCCACAGACAAUUCAGAGCUGCAGCAGAGGACGGCUCGAAUACUCAGUUUAAACACAUGGGACGUGGCUGUUGCUCUCACCAGCUUUGACUGGACCAUCUUUCACUCAAUACAUGAGCAAGAGCUCGUCUAUUUCACCUUCAGCCGCCACAGUAGCAGUGGCCACACCGUGGCGUUAGAGCUGCUGCUGCAGCGCUGCAAUGAAGUCCAGCUGUGGGUGAUGACUGAGGUGUUGCUUUGCCCGAUGCUCUGCAAAAGGGUCCAACUCAUCAAGAAGUUCAUCAAGAUUGCUGCCCACUGUAAAGCACAGAGGAACCUCAACUGUUUCUUUGCCAUUAUAAUGGGCCUGAACACUGCAGCUGUUAGCCGCCUCAGUCAGACAUGGGAGAAAAUUCCUGGGAAAUUCAAAAAGCUGUUUUCAGAGCUGGAGACAGUUACAGAUCCCUCGCUCAACCACAAGGCCUACAGAGACUCCUUCAAGAAGAUGAAGGCGCCAAAGAUCCCCUUUCUUCCUCUGCUACUGAAAGAUAUUACGUUCAUUCACGAAGGCAACAAGACGUUUCACGAUAACCUGGUUAAUUUUCAAAAGCUGCACAUGAUAGCAGAUGCAGUGCGGCACAUCCGGCAGUGUCAGAAGGAUCAAAUGGGCAAUGGGAUCACCCAGAAGAGCAGCUCAGAGGUUCGAGCCUACAUUGAUUACCUUCAUAUCAUCGACAAUCAGCAGACUCUGUUUGAACUGUCGCACAGACUGGAGCCCCGUGCUUAGAGAGCGGCUCUUACUUGCACUCCCCCUGUGCGUCAGCCAGACUUGAUUGCCAAGGAACAAUCUAUCGCCGUCUCAUCUAUCUCUCAGGACUCCGUCAGCAAUCAGAGGACGCUGCGUGAUCCUGGCAGACUACGGGAGGGAGCCGCUCAAUCAGGAAAAACUCUCCCACUGAGAUGGGAAUAAACAGCAAAAGACAUCUUAGGUUAAAAGCAUACAUGUUUCCUUAGUUCCACUACAGUGUCACUGAUCCAAAACACCUGAAAGCAGUAUGACUAGACCUGUAGGCCCAAACCCGUUGCUGCUGCUGUUACUUUCCUUUCCUACAGAUGGCAGAGGUUGGCAGGUGUAGAGCUUUUUUGACCAUAGACUGUACAUAUACUGUACACAGUCUAUGGUUCUGACAAUGACCCAACAGCUCCCCUUUGUGGAGAAUCAACAGCCUGCAAGGAAGUGCAUCUAAAAAAAAAAGCUACAGAAAGCAAAUGUGUUGAGCAUAGACCUUGAGAAUAGUAUGUGUGAAAAAAAUCCCCUUACUAGCCUUUUUUGAAAAAGUUUUUACCUGAGCUUUCAACACAUUAUAAAGUGAUUGAGCUCAUAGAUACAGAUUCAGAACUUGUGAUACAUCUGAUGUAUUUCCAGACAGCGUUUAUAGAUCUGGCUGCAGAAGGCUGUUUCAUCAGAUUUAAUCAAAGAGUAUUUUCAGUCCUAUACUGCACACACACUUGUGUUUUCUCAGAGCUCAACAGUGUGUGCACAACAAGCUGAUGUCUUGCUAAACUGAAUCAAGAUGACAGAAAUUGUGAAAAUGAUAGAAUAUUUAACAUUUUAAUAUAUUAUUUUCAUUAUCAAUAUUUUUACAUUGCAGAAUUAUCUCACCAUGCAGUUUUCUAUUCUUUAACCAUAAAGCACAGUGUAUUAGAUGAGGCUUUACACACUUCAAACGGUGUAAGAACAGGAAAUUAGAAAAGAAUACAUAGUAUACUGUAUUUCUUUGGUAUGUGUGAAGAGUUGUGUGUCCUGUGUGUGAGUUAUAACACGUAUGUUAGCCGUAGGAAUGCUCAUUCAAAUGAAUGCUAAUUGCUUAUCUUUUUUUUAAAAAAGCAGUGGUAUGAGGAAAUGCAUCUAGUUGAGCUGUGGACAAUCAGGUAAAAGAAGCAGCAGACCUGUACGGAUACAUCUAUGUUGGUCCUUAAAGAUAUGUUAAACACAACAUAAUGUAUUUUCUCCUCAGUGUAUAUUAAAAGGUCAGCCAUCAAGAUAGUUUUGGUUUGAUUUGUUGAGGUUUGGAAAUAUUGGCUUUAGCUUUAUGAUACUCAAAGUAACUCUGCAGCAACAUGUCUUUCCAAAAACAAUUACAUGGUGACUCAAAACAACCCACAAUAACCCUUCUUCUGAACAGUUUCAAUGCGAACUGCUUUAUAGUAAAACCAAAUGCUACUCCUUCAAUGAUCCACAGCAGAUCUCUCUUAUCUAGAUGUUGUCUAGGAGAAAUAUGUUUUAUUGUGUUUUUGGGUGAACUGUCUCUAUAAGUGGAACAAUAGCAAAAUCAAGUACUACAGCACCUUCUCGACAAAAACAGAGAAAGAAAGAAAGAAAGAAAGAUAGAAGCCAUUUGUACAGUGUGUAGUAACACUACUGUAUGUGUAGUUAUAGAAGAUAUAGUAUUUCUUCUCUAAAUUGGUCGACUGAAAAUUCUCACUUUUCCCCUAUUUAGGACAUUUAAGUAGGAGUUGUAAAGUGUUGUAGAUGGAAUUUUGCAUAACAUUGUCAAAAUUGUUAUUUGUAUGUUUUGGAUUUUAAAGCCAACAGUAAACAUGGAGAGCACAUGGUUUAGCAGUAUCUAUCUUAUUUUGACUUUCAUUUGUAUCAUCAACAAUGUACAGUUGAUUCUGUUUAUACUGUAUUUAUAUAUAUGCUUACAUUCUGGAAAAGGAUAUUUAUUUAUUUCAGAAUUAUUUAUUUGUUCAAUAAAUAUUCUGUUUGAUUUCAUGUUGUUUUUAUGCACUGAUUUGGCUGGUGUGCAUGAUAUGGCAAACCAUGGACUGAGCACCAAUGUCAACUGUGCAUGGAAUAAAAUAUUUUUCAUCA